UCGCGAGAAGCAACAUGUCAGCCUCCUGCGAAAACAAAAGCUUCUUUUGCGAAAGCCGUGUAAACAACUACCACUGAAAACUCUCCACACUAAUGCGCACAUGCAAACAUGGAGAAGAUUCCCAUUAAGAAGCUUGGAUGGUGUUGCCGUCUGCUGUUUUAGAAAAAUGACAACUGUGCCUAAAGUGGAGGCCGUGCUUAUAGAUCUUAGUGGAACGCUUCACAUAGAAGAUACCGCGAUUCCUAACGCUGCGGAUGCAUUAAAAAGGUUGAAGAGCAGUGGUGUGAAAGUCAGAUAUGUCACAAACACGACUAAAGAGCCAAAGCGGUUACUGCACAACAGAUUAACGCAGCUGGGGUUUGCCAUACAGCUAGAAGAGAUCUUCACUUCCCUAACAGCUGCUAGAAAUUUAGUGGAGGCCAGAAAGAUCAGGCCAUUGUGCUUUUUGGAAGAUGAAGCCAAGGAAGAUUUUGAAGGUAUUGGAGUAGAAGACCCUAAUGCUGUGGUUGUUGGCCUUGCUCCAUCAUAUUUUAACUAUGAACCUUUAAAUAAAGCUUUCAAUUUGCUUAUUGAAGGUGCUUCACUAAUUGCCAUCCACAAAGCAAGGUAUUAUAAAAAGAAAGAUGGGUUGGCACUGGGUCCAGGGGGCUUUGUGGAAGCACUGGAGUAUGCAUCCGGUGUAAAAGCUGAAGUAGUCGGAAAACCAGAAAAAACUUUUUUCCUGGAAGCCCUUAGGGAUUUGAAGUGUUCUCCACAGAAUGCCGUCAUGAUUGGAGAUGAUGUCCGAGAUGAUGUAGGGGGCGCUCAAGCUGCAGGUUUGCAUGGUAUUCUGGUCAAGACUGGUAAAUAUCGUGAAGGGGAUGAAGAAAAGAUUAGCCCUGCACCAUUUGCCACAUGUUUCGACUUCCCAGCAGCCACAGAACUGUUGAUAAACAAAUACUUGUGACAAAGAGAAAACAGAGGGGUUAACCAAUUUAACGCAUUAAAAGACUUAUGGUAUAGAUUACAGCAAAAAUCAGGAUACCAACCUAAUUUAUAUAUUACAAGCUGUAUUCCUCCCGUUUUAGUGUGGUUACAGUAUGGCAUGUCAGGUCAUUUUAAAACAUUUUAAAAGGUCAGACUGCAAAUUGUAACUCUUCUUUUUUACAGUGUCUGCAUAGAAAUAAAAUUAAGUAUACAAGAUUCAAACUUCAUUUUUAUUUAUUAAUUUAUUUAUUUGAUCAUUCAAAGAAGUCAAGAUUCAAUAUUUGCAUUUAUUAUUAAAAACCUAUGACCCAAAUUUUCAAAUAGCCCACAAAAAUAUUCCAGUUGAAUUUUUCAGCUCUCACUGAAUGUUUUGGCUCAAAAUAAAUCACAAACAAACUGCAUCCUGGUAAUAGACUCUAGGUUAGCAACAUUUUCGGUUACAAAUACAUCAGAUUCAUUACACUGUCAUGAAUGGAGAAAAACACUAGUAAAUAUGUUCCAUGACACUUCUUUUAUAAAGUUUGAGCUCAUUAAUUUUCAUCUGCCAGGGAUGUGAUGCUAACAUUGCCAGCACUUGAAUUGACAAAUGAACAAUCAGAGUUUAGAUAGAGCCGAAGAUCUGAUGCUCAGUUCUACCCAUCACAGGGACAUUCUGAUGGUAGAGCACACGA